AUGACAAAAACCAGUAAACGAACUGUAAGAGACACAGCAGAAGCAAAGCGUUGGCUGAUAGUCGGAGCCUAUCAAGCAGGGGCGACUGAAAAGCAUGUUGCUCGCAUAGCAGGACUUUCGAGAACCGCUGUUCGCAACAUCAUCUUGAAUUACAAGAAGACUGGCACACCAUGCAUCCCCAAAAAGAUACCAAAUAAAGUGCGCCAAAAGUUGAUAGUUGAGUAUGACGAGAAUGGUGAAUUAAUAGAUUCCGAUAAUGAGCAAGAAGAAGCAGCACCCACAGCAAAGAAAGACAUUCAGAUGAUUGGUAUAGAAGAGCGCUAUCAUGAGCCACAGCAACCACAGCAGCACAUUAACAACUCAAUACAGAGCAACAGAUCAUCAAAAAAGAAGAAAAAGAGCCACGCACAACAUGCCUUCAGAAAUGGAAUUUCCACAAAAGACAUGAUCAGUUAUGCACUGGAUCAAAUGCGAAUAUCAGAAUCAACUCAACAGAUUCGACAAUUGCCAUCACCUACAACGCCUCAAACAAUGACAUCUCCUAUGUCUUUCGCCUCUUCAUCACCCUCUAUGCCAGUCAGACUACCGCCACCUUCGAAAACAGAUCAAGAUGUUCGAGGCUAUGAAGUGUGGUCUCACGAAGACGACAUGAUACUACUGAAUCAUGUAUUAUACCAUCUGCAUGGAGGAGGCUGGGCAGAUUUGGAGAUCAAGUUUGAGGGAAGACAUUCAGCUCGGCUCUGCUAUGAUCGCUGGAAGCAUCUGAAAAGCUUAUUGCUAUCAGGUAUAACUGAUAAGCCCGAUACCCCAUGGUAA